CCCCUCAAAAGGGGCUUGUGGGGCUGCGGCCGCACAAACACCCUAAAAUGGGGAGGAAAAAACACCCCUGUAGUGGUGGGAUCCCCCCCAAAAAACCUGAAAAAGAGAAAAACUCCUCUUGAGAGGGGCCUGAAGACCCUGAAAGGCCCUGGAAGAGGGACAAGAUCCCCUCCUGUGCUGGGGCCUCCCCGAGCCGGGAACUCUCCCGUUCCUGCACUCGGGGGAGCCCCGAACGACGGCGGCUCCUGGGCUGAGCCCCCCUCAGCCGGGGCUGCGGGGGGAACUGGGGGGGCUGGGACGGGGCUUGGGGCUCCUGGGGUGAACUGGGGGACCCUCAGUGCUCCCACCUCCCCCUGUUCCCCUGUCCCGCCCCGUUCCCAUUGUUCCCCCAAAGCUCCGCUGCCCCCAGCUCGGUUUGGGGGGGACCCAGCCCUUUCCCAUCGUGUCCCGGCCCGGCCCCGCUCACCCGAGGGCUCCGAACCACGCACAGGGACAGAGGAGGGACAGAGGAGGAGGAAGAGGAGGAGCAGGAGGAGGAAGAGCUGGAGCAGGCAGAGGAGGCUCCACCUGCGCUCCCCGCUCUCUGCAUCUGCAGCUCCUUCGGGACCAUCGCCCCCCAUCCCGCAGGAUUUCCCAUUCCCAAACCUUGGCUGGAUGGAGAAGGAGGCUGUGAGGAAGAGGAAGAUCUCCCAGGACACCCAGGCAGACAAGGAGCUGAGGAUGGAGACCAGAGAGGACAAAUCCCCAUGGCAGAACCUCAUGGAAGAAGCUGUUUUGAGUGGCUCCACAGCACAGGAAUCCAACAGGGAAGAAAAGCCCCAGAGAUCCUGCAGGAGGAGGGGCUCCAAACCCAUCCCAGGGUGCUCUGAGGAGGAAAGACCCACCCUGUGCCGGGAAGGCGACCGGAGAUCCAGCCAGGGCUCUGAGCUGGUGGUCCAUGAGCAGCUUCAGGAUGGGGAGAAGCCCUACAAGUGCUUGGAGUGUGGGAAGAGCUUCAGCCAGAGCAACAGCCUGAUCCGCCACCAGAUGAUCCACACUGGGGAAUGGCCCUACGAGUGUGGGGAAUGUGGGAAGGGCUUCUACUGCAGCUCCCACCUCAUCAUCCACCAGCGCAUCCACACUGGGGAGAGGCCCUACGAGUGUCCCGAGUGUGGGAAGAGGUUUCAGAGGAGCUCCAAUCUCCUCCUGCACCAGCGGAUUCACACGGAUGAGAGGCCCUUCCGCUGCCCUGACUGUGGGGAGGGCUUCAAGCACAACUCCCAUGUCAUCAGGCACCAGCGCAUCCACACUGGGGUGAAGCCCUACAAGUGUGGGGAAUGUGGGAAGAGCUUCAGCCACAGCUCCAGCCUGACCAUCCACCAGAGGACUCACACUGGGGAACGUCCCUAUGAGUGUGAGGAAUGUGGGAUGACCUACAGCCGGAGGUCCAAACUGACCAUCCACCAGAUGAUCCACACUGGGGAGAGGCCCUACGAGUGUCUCCAGUGUGGGAAGAGGUUUCAGACCAGCUCCCAUCUCCUCCAGCACCAGCUGAUUCACACGGAUGAGAGACCCUUCCGCUGCCCUGAGUGCAGGAAGGGCUUCAAGCACAACUCCAACCUCAUCAAGCACCGGCGCAUCCACACUGGGGAGAGGCCCUACGAGUGUCCCCAGUGUGGGAAGAGCUUCAGCCACAGCUCUAACUUGACCCAGCACCAACGGAUGCACCGGUAAGGGAAGCCCUGUGAGUGCCCCAAGUGCAGGAAGGUGUCCAUGUGCUGCUCCAGCUCCAUCCCCCAUCAGAGGACCCACGUUGGGCAGGACCUGAUGACCCACGUUCCCAGUGAUCUGUGUUGGCAACACACUGGGCUGGUGGUCAUUUUGAUUUGGCCCUAAUUUUCUUUUGAUUCAUCUUCAUCCCUUUAAAACAGACAAAAUUUAGGUAAAAGUCUACAGAUUCAUCAAAGGCAUCUAAAAUAUCUCUUUUACUAGUGCUUGAAGGGAAUCUGGUAUUCAGGGAGGUAAUGGGGAGGGUUUUGGGGGUAUUUGGUUUAUUUGUCUCCAUCUCUUGCCACUCAAGGAGAUGAGCGAGUUCUAUCUGUCACCUCAAAACCACUCAGUGCCAUUGAAAUCUACUCAAUCCCACCCAAAAUUACUGGAUUCCACAGUCCCUCAGGGUGUGUUGCCUUAAAUUUUAGCUUUCAUAUUUUUCAAAUUCUGCACUGCCUAGGUUUGUAGUUUUGAACUUCCUAUUAAGUGCUAGUGAGCUCUCUUCACAGAGUAGGUAGACAAAACAAUUCCUUUUCUAGCUUGAUACCAAGGACAAUUGUUACAAGUUCCAUGCCCAAAAGCAUGAACAAGGGUGGACUGAAGAGAGAAAACAAGAAGGAUGGGACUUCCUCAUCUGAAGCUGUAAUUGGACAAUGAAUAUGCAGAUGGACCUAAACUUCUGAAAAUGUGAGACCUCAUGAUCACUUGUCCAUUUUUGUGACCAUUUCUGGUCCAUUUUGGGUGUAGCCCUGGCCAGGUUCUUCUACUGCCCAAGGUGUAUCCUUUAAGGCAUUUUAAUAAACUUUAUUCUCAACUCUGUCCAGCCUCUGUUCUAGGUCAGCCUUCCUCAAGGCAUCAGGUGGAAAGGGGUUGGAAGGGGAUUGGGUGAAGUGGGAUGCAAAUCAGGAGGGGUGAGAUGGGUAUUGGGUGGGAUGGAGUUUGGGAGGUGUGAAAUAAGGAAAGUAAGGCUUGGGAAGGGGGUCUUGAUGUCCAGCAGAG